UACUGGGGAUCCAGUUCAGUUGAAGGUGUCUAUACUAAUUCCAAGAAGAGGCCAGUGGAGGAAAAGAAGACAGAAGAGAAGAUUUUCAUCACAACUUGUUUCUCAGUUAAACUAUCGAUUCCAUCUCUGGUCUGACCAAUUAACAUUCCAUAUAGGAGUGCAACUGCAGGACCAGUCUGAACCGGGUGGCUGAGUGUGUUAAGUGGAGACUUAAUCUGACCCAAGACACUGGCAUAACAGGAUGCAGAGAAAGAACUUCACAGAGGUGACAGAGUUCAUCUUUCUGGGAUUCUCAAGCUUUGGAAAGCACCAGGUAACCCUCUUUGUCAUCUUCCUAAUUGUCUACAUCUUGACUCUGGCUGGCAACUUCAUCAUUGUGACCAUCAUUUACGUGGACCACCACCUGCACACGCCCAUGUACUUCUUCCUCAGCAUGCUGUCCAGCUCAGAGACCGUGUAUAGCCUGGUCAUCAUCCCACGCAUGCUCUCCAGCCUCCUCUUCCAUGACCAGCCCAUUUCCCUAGCUGGAUGUGCCACUCAGAUGUUCUUCUUCGUAACAUUGGCCAUCAAUAACUGCUUCCUGCUCACAGCCAUGGGCUAUGACAGAUAUGUGGCCAUCUGCAACCCUCUUCAUUACUUGUUUAUCAUGAAUAAAGGAACAUGUGUUGGGCUGGUCUGUGGGUCCUUUGUCACUGGUCUGACCAUGGCUGUUCUCCAAGUGACUGCUAUGUUCAAUCUUCCUUCCUCCUCUCCAACACCAAACUUCACCUCUGUGACCCAGUUCCUGUUCGAAGGCUUCUCCAGCUUUAGUUGGCAGCAUAGGCUCAUCUUCUUCAUUGUCUUCCUGACCUUGUACCUGCUGACUCUCUCUGGCAACACCAUUAUUGUGACCAUCAUCCGUCUGGACCGCCACCUCCACACACCUAUGUACUUCUUCCUCAGCAUGUUGUCCAUCUCUGAGACCUGCUACACUAUGGCCAUCAUCCCCCGCAUGCUCUGUGGCCUCCUGAACCCUGGCCAGCCCAUUGCUAUCCAGAGCUGUGCUACCCAGCUCUUCUUCUACCUCACCUUUGGCAUCAACGACUGCUUCCUGCUCACAGUCAUGGGCUACGACCGCUAUGUGGCCAUCUGCAACCCUCUGCGCUACUCCCUCAUCAUGGGCCGAGGGGCCUGUGUGCAGUUGGCUUCUGCAUCACUGGGUCUUGGCCUGGGCAUGGCCAUUGUGCAGGUGACAUCAGUAUUUGGCCUGCCCUUCUGUGAUGGCUCUGUCAUCCCUCACUUCUUCUGUGACGUGAGGCCCAUGCUGAAGCUGGCCUGUGCCAACACCACUGUCAACGAAAUCAUCAACUUUGUGGUCAGUGUGUGUGUCCUUGUGCUGCCCAUGGGCCUGGUCUUCAUCUCCUAUGUCCUCAUCAUCUCCUCCAUCCUCAGGAUCGCCUCAGCUGAGGGCAGGAAGAAGGCCUUCGCCACCUGUGCCUCCCACUUGACUGUGGUCAUCAUCCACUAUGGCUGUACCUCCAUCAUCUACCUCAAGCCCAAGUCCCAGAGCUCCCCAGCACAGGACAUGCUCAUCUCAGUCACCUACACCGUCAUUACCCCCCUGCUCAACCCUGUGGUAUACAGCCUGAGGAACAAGGAGGUCCAAGAAGCCCUGCGCAGAGCUGUGGGGAGGAGGUCCACCUCCUCUUAG